AUGUAAUUCCUGUGAAAACCUAAAUGAAAUAUGCAUUAUCAUGAUAAUGACUAUAUGGCACUCUGAAACAGACCUACCCUGAUGCUGUAAUGUUACAAUUAAGAGUUGCCGGGUGACAUGACUAUAAUUUUUCAGCAGGGAAGGAAGGGGCUUUUGUGCCCCUGGCAAGCCAAGCCGCCUUGGUCACACCCUUCCCGGCUUCCCCCCUCCCACCCUGCCCGCCAUGUUCUGGAGGAGGAGAUACGUGUAGCCUGGCUUUAGCUUGCUUAGCAUUAGCAACAUACAGCUAGGCGGAGGCGCAACAAGCUCCUUGAACGCCGAAAUAAGUACACUAUCUUGGUUUUUUCCUUGGAAUUGGCGAAACUCAUUUAUGGGUUUAUAGCCCAGGACUAUCAUUUGAACCUCACGUAGCUCUAAAGAUAUGGUGAUGGCGUGGUCAUGUGUGCAGCCAGCACUGUGUGUGUGGAGAUGGUUUUAACAGACGCUGUUUUGGAGGACUCAGGAACACUGCACUGGCCUGGAGAAGCCUCUUAAACAAACACGUACACAACACACACACACACUUGUACAGGAGAAGAUUUACACACCUACACACUCCGCCGACGUGCCGUGAGAGAGGACACAUACGCACGGACGCUUGAAACAAGCUUCCUCUGAAGCAUACAAACAUUUACACACUCUGUGCGUGUUAGCCUCUCUAUUCAAAAGUUUUUAGUGUCCCGGCUCCUCUCCUGCGUGAGAGCGUACGUUGCAUUUCUUCUUCUGCUCGUCCCAUCUCCACCGCCACAAUGCCAAGCUCCACCAUCCGCCGGCAGAUGAAGAACAUGGUGAACAACUACUCUGACGCGGAGAAGAAAGUCAGAGAGGCCACCUCCAACGACCCCUGGGGCCCAUCGUCCUCGCUCAUGUCCGAGAUCGCCGACCUCACCUACAACGUGGUGGCCUUCAGCGAGAUCAUGAGCAUGAUCUGGAAACGGCUCAACGACCACGGCAAGAACUGGCGCCACGUCUACAAGGCGCUCACCCUGCUCGACUACCUGAUCAAGACGGGCUCGGAGCGAGUGGCGCUGCAAUGUAAAGAGAACAUCUUCGCCAUCCAGACUCUGAAGGACUUCCAGUACAUCGACAGAGACGGCAAAGACCAGGGAAUCAACGUGAGGGAGAAGAGCAAGCAGCUAGUGGUGCUACUCAAAGACGAGGACCGCCUCAAAGGAGAGAGGUCUCAGGCUUUGAAGACCAAAGAGCGUAUGGCUCAGGUGUCGACAGGGAGCAGUCAGAUGGGCUUUGGCCGAGGCUCAUCUCAGCCCAACCUCUCCACUUCCUACAGCGAAGAGUACGGCAGGUCAGAGGGCUCACCCGCCUCCUACCAUGGCUCCACGUCUCCCAAUGCGGGUUCAGAGCUGGAGCAGGCCAGACCUCAGACCAGCGGAGAGGAGGAACUACAGCUUCAACUGGCUCUGGCCAUGAGCAGAGAGGCUGCAGAGCAGGAGGAGCGCAUACGCAGAGGAGACGACCUGAGACUACAGAUGGCCUUGGAGGAGAGUAAGAAAGAAGGUCCAGGCUCGGCAAAACUGGCCAAGAAGAAGAAGGAGCCACAGUCGUCUUUGAUGGAUCUGAUGGAUGUCCCAGAGCCCGGUGCCAGUGCUGACCCCUGGGGUGCCGGGGCCGGGGCCGGUGCUGCGGCCGGGGCUGGUGCUGCGGCUGGAGCCGGAGCCGAAUCAGCAGACCCCUGGCAGCCUUACGGGUCUGCCCCUAAGCCAGCAGCCCCAGUGGACCCAUGGGGCGCUCCUCCCUCUGUUCCACCCAUGAAGAGCCAUGAUCCCUGGGCACCAAACUCCACUCCUGCCUCUGACCCCUGGGGCUCCGCUGCCACUCGUCCCAAGGCUUCCAACACAGGUAGCUUUGACCUGUUCAAUGCAUCCAACGGUACGUCCAAAGAGGACUUCUCAGAGUUUGACAGCCUGCGCUCCUCCUCCUCUGUCCCCACCGGUGAUGGGGGCGUAGCAUCCUCUGUUCCCUCCCAAGCCAGCCUCGCUAGCAGCAGCAGCCUGGAUCUCUUCGACCCUCUUCCCACAUCCGCUUCUGCCACCACAAACCCAACUAGAAAGACUCCGGAGUCCUUCCUGGGUCCUAAUGCUGCCCUGGUCAAUCUGGAUUCUCUGGUGACCAAACCGGCUCAGCCCCCACCAGUCAUCAACCCCUUCUUGGCCUCAACAGGUGGCUCUGCUCCGGCUCCAGCAGCCCACGCCAACCCCUUCCAAGUGAGCCAGCCAGUUCCCCCGACACUCAACCAGAUGCGUGUCAGCCCCAUGCCCUCCGGAUUCGGCGGCAUGGCUGAACCCAUGGCUCUUACUUCCCUUCCCGCUCAGCCCAUCGCCAUGGUCCCCCUGGCAGGAAUGGCCCCCAUGGGCCGCAUGAUGCCCGCAAUGGGCGCAGGCGCCGUUGGAGGGGUCGGUACUAGCGCGGGGAUCCCGGCCUCCAUGUCCAUGCCCCAGCCCCUCAUGAGCAUGCCCCCCCAGGCUGGGACACAGCCCACCGGAACCACCAACCCUUUCCUUUUGUGAGAGAAUGACCGAGGAGACGACUUCCACCCAGAGUAACCCCUCCUCUCUCUCUCCCUCUCUCUCUCUCUUUCUCUCUUCCACUUUGGCUCCUUAUGAAGCUUCAACAUGAACAAGGAGAUGUCUUAUCCCAUGUAUCCGUUUUAUAACCAACUCCCAGCCAGGUCGUAGUCAAAACCUGGCUUCCUCCUAUCUUACCAGACUCCCUUCCGCCUCUCUCUUUUACUCUCAAUGCUACAAGCUGCCUAGUCCUGUGUGUUCCAUACUGAUCUGACGAUGAUGUUGAUGACCAUAAAGCAUUUGCAUCUGUCUACAGACUUACAGUAGUAGCAGGGGUGUUUACAGUUUUUCCACAGAGGCAGGACAGGACUCAGUAUCUCCUCUCUUGUCCUCUCAUUCACUCGCCUCCUCUCCCUUAGGACUGCUUUUUUCCUCUUCUUCUGUGGUGGAGUGACAGGAGAGUCUGACUGUACUAACGCCAGGAUCUUAUCUCUUCAGUAGAGCUAAUCUUUUAUAAGCCCUGUCAGCUGAAAGUGUGUGUGUCUGUGUGUGUGUCUGUGUGUGUGUGUGUGUGUGUGUGUGUGUGUGUGUGUGUGUAUGUAUGUGUGUGUGUGUGUGUGUGUGUGUGUGCGCACAUCUUACUACUUUUACACUGUGUAUAUUCCAGUGGGUUUUACCUGACACACUGGAGUAUGGAUGAGAGAGACAGUCAGAUGUGUUUAUACUCUAUGUGUGUGUGUGUGUGUGUGUGUGUGUGUGUGUGUGUGUGUGUGUGGGUGCGUGUGUGUGUUACUAAGCAGGGAUUUUGCACAAUUUUUUGCUUUUUUAAAAUUUUCUUUCCGCGACUGUUGGGCUCACCGUUACACCUUAGCUUAGGGAGAGAGGCUAGCCGCUAAAAAAAAAAAAAGGACGAGACAACACACACUGCCUCGGCUCUCGGUACCACUCGGUCACAACUCUCGUCUGGUCACUUCCCUUCACCGCUGACCUUUCCCCUGACCCUCCACAUGAACUUUGACCCUCAGGGGGGGUCACGGGAUUAACACUGAACGCUUAUCAAAGGAGAUGAUGAAUCCCUUGUCCUUGAGGAGUUGAAAAGAUGCGUUAACGCAAUUUUUUUUGUUGGUGUGCGUGUGUGCUUGCAGGUGUACUGUUAAUGCUCAGAUACUAACAGCCACAUGUCAAUGUAUGUGUCCCUGAGUCUCCCCACCUCCCACCCCCGGUGCGUGUUUAGAGAAAAAGACACGGAACUGUGAUGGCAUCAGUAUUUUGCCAUCUGAAUUCACGGAGAGGCAUCGUGGGAAAUGUAGUUUUUGUUUGUUUGUUUUUAGGGUCAAAGGGAAGAGGGGAGGUGUGUGUGUGCGUGCGUGCGUGAGUGUGUGUGUGCGCAGUUUGCAUGAGAGAUACGUUUAGCUUCCAAGUGUACUUUAAUGAGCAAGUUUUUCCAUUUCUCAUUUAGUCAAGUGGAAGAGAGAGCUGACUUCAAGUUAGAUACUAAAGCGCAAGUCAAAACAAGUGGUAAUAUAGACAUCUGCAGCCUUAAGUGUGUGUGUGUAUGUGUGCGUGUGCAUGGGAACAACCAUAUAUCAACGACUGUUACUAUAGUGACAGGGUUGCCAAGAAAGCACCGGGUUUAAAGGGCACAUCAGCCACUCAGCAUCGUUGAGAGUUUUACCUCCGAGUGGAUUUACCGUGGCUAAUCUAUCUACAAGAACUUUAUCUGGUGGUCACACACACACACACUCACAGGGUUGUUCCUGUACUGGUCUAUUGAUAGCACAGGGAAUCCCGCCGCAAAACAGCGAGACAGGUUAUGUAAACAAGCAGUUGUUAAUUUUGUUGGUUACUUUUUGUUGUUAUUUACUCGUUAGAUGUAAAUCCAUAGCUAAGCCUUUCUGAGUUUUGGAGCUGUGUACUAGCUAAGCCAUGUAUCAUCUUCAUUCUCUUUUGUCUAUUUUCUGUCAUUCUAGUUUUUUCACCCUAUGGGUAGGCUAUGUAAUUAUCUUCUCUUAGAAGCACAACUGUUACCAAAGUCAUAGCGACUGUGAUUUCUGAGGAUGUCGUACUUUUGAGUAGUUUGAACAGUAGGGUCACACUUCACUGACAUUUUUUUUUUUUUUUUUUCUGUUUAUGGAUUUUCAUGAUAUCAGACUCCCAUUGUUUUUUUGUUUUUUUUUUAAUAUUUCAGAGCUAUUUUUCAGUUUGUUAAGAAGUUUGUGUAAGAAAGUGUUACUGUUGGCUAAAUAUCGGCACAUUUACUGACAGCAAACAGAGCGUCUGUCUUCUAUUGAUUGAGUUAAGUGGGUUGAUGAAUUACAGCUAAAGAUGAUGAACUGCGCUUGAUGUUUAGACCCCUUACUCUCUUUAUGUCACUGUACUCCCAUCUCUUCAGUUCUGUUGAUCACUGCCAAUGUUUUUACUGUUGAAGGGUGUUUAUUUCUCUUUUGGUUUGAGUUGGCGCCCUCUCCUGGUCUGCUGCGGUAUGAUAGCUACACCGCAGGACCCCGUUAUAUUUCCACUAAACGCAGACCUUUAUUUCUCUCAGGCAAAAAGGAGUGGCGGCUCCAACUGUGUGUAUGAUUUUUUUUUUUUUUUUUUUUUUGAUGAUGCUGAGGGUGGUGAUGAAGAUUUUUUUUUUUUUUUUUCUUUGCUUGGGAUCCUGAAUGAAUGGGUGCGACACUUACUUGCAGACCAGCAAACAUUUUUAAUCUCAACUAAAUAUAUGCAAAAAUUGGAGUCGGAAAAGUAAAAAGAUAAUAAGACAAUACCGCUUGACGUGUUUUGCAAACUUAUUUUAUACUUUAUCGAAAGGCUACUAUGAUAUUCUAGCUAAGACGUGUCACUUUCUCACUGGCCUUGAUUUCACUGCGGCCUGACCUUUAAACUUUACUCCAGCGAUUGUGGAAAAGUUUGUGUUAUCAAUGCAUUGAAGAAAAAAAAAAAAGAAAAAAAAUCAACCUUUACUGUCUUGAACAAAUUCAGCACUCCCAAACAGUCAGUUGACACUGCAGAUGAACACUUUUUCUUGAUCCCUGGCAGCAGUUUCGCAGUCGUGGCUAUGGUGCAGUGAAAAUGUGGCCUGUGUGUAGCGAGCUCCUCUGUGUGUUACUAUGUAUUCACUAUGCUUUUAUCAAGAGGACUAACCGACCUUAUGGACUGUCUGUCUUUAUAUGCAUAAACAGCCUCUAUUCUUUUCCAUGUCUGUCUAUUUACCCUUCUCAUAGUACUGGGAGCAGGCUGCUUUUUUUUUUUUUUUUUUUUUUUUUUUUUAUUGGAUACGUGCUCAACCCGUUGGCAUUAUAACUGUAUAAUAUAAUUUAUCAUUUGUACUAUUGUAACAUACUGUUCUUCUGUAUACCUUAUUAUUCUGUGUAAUGGGUUUUUGUAGGAAAAAGUCACCGUGGUAUUUUAACGGCAUCUAAACAAACGAACGCAGCAGGCCGCACCGUGUUGGAUGAGGACAACUGUAGCUGCAUUGGUUCAAAAUAAAAUGUGUAUCACUUCAGCUGUGUAACUCAA